CUCAAGAAGAAAGAGAAGAAGAAUUAUCUGUCAGUCAAAAUGGCGUUCAGUUUUGGCGGCGCCACGAGCAGCACAGCGGCAAACACGUCCGGGUUUUCAUUCGGUUCAUUUGGUCCCAAAACCACAGCAUCAACAGCAUUUGGCUUUGGUCCCGCAGCCACCACCACCACCACCGCCUCAUCAGGAUUCGGCACUCUUACAGCCCCUGGUUUUGGGGCAGCCACCACCACUGCUGCUGCACCAGCCACAGGAUUUAGUUUUGGCUCCACCAACACUGGCACGUUUGGUGGCUUUGGGACGACUACAACAACUGCUGCUGCUCCAGGGUCCACUUUUAGCUUUGCUGCUCCUGCCAACACCACAGGAGGCCUGUUUGGUAACACACAGAACAAAACCUUUGGGUUCUCCUCUGGGCUUGGCGCUGGGACUGCUACUGGGACAACAGGAUUUGGACCCGGAUUAGGAACAACUGGUCUGGGUGGGUUUGGAGGGUUUAAUAUCCAGCCAACUCAGCAGCAGCAAGGAGGUUUGUUCAGCCAACAGGCCCAGCAGCCAGGUCAGACUCAGCCCACCCAUCUUUACCAGCAGGUCACUGCUCUGUCAGCACCCACCUUGUUAGGAGAUGAGCGUGACUCCAUCUUAGCCAAAUGGAACCAGCUGCAGGCGUACUGGGGCACUGGGAAGGGCUACUACAGCAACAACAACCCACCUGUUGACUUUACCCAGGAGAACCCAUUCUGCAGGUUCAAGGCGGUGGGCUACAGCUGUGUCCCAGUGAGUAAGGAUGAGGACGGUUUAGUGGUCUUGGUUCUCAUUAAAAAGGAAGCUGAUGUGCGAGCUCAGCAGCAACAGCUGGUAGAGUCCCUCCACAAGGUCCUGGGAAGCAACCAGACACUCAGUGUCAAUGUAGAGGGUGUGAAAGCCCUGCCCAAUGACCAGACAGAGGUAAUUGUUUAUGUGGUGGAGCGUUCUCCUAAUGGCACCUCAAAGCGGAUCCCCGCCACCACACUCUUCAGUUAUCUGGAGCAGGCCAACAUCAAGGUCCAGCUCACACAGAUCGGAGUGGCCAUGACAGUCACACGCACAGAGCUGUCUCCAGCACAGCUCAAACAGCUGCUGCAAAAUGCACCUGCAGGAGUGGACCCCAUCAUUUGGGAGCAGGCUAAGGUGGACAACCCUGACCCAGAGAAAUUAAUCCCAGUGCCCAUGGUGGGUUUUAAGGAGCUGCUUCGAAGGCUGCAGAUCCAGGAGCAGAUGACCAAACAGCACCAGACCAGAGUGGAUAUUAUCUCCAGUGACAUCAGUGAACUGCAGAAGAACCAGGCGACCACGGUGGCCAAGAUUGCCCAAUACAAGAGGAAGCUGAUGGAUCUGUCUCACAGGGUGCUGCAGGUGCUGAUCAAACAGGAGAUUCAGAGGAAAAGUGGUUAUGCUAUCCAAGUGGAUGAGGAGCAUCUCCGGGUGCAGCUGGACACUAUUCAGUCUGAGCUCAAUGCCCCCACACAGUUCAAGGGUCGGUUGAAUGAAUUAAUGUCCCAAAUCCGGAUGCAGAAUCACUUUGGUGCUGUGAGAUCAGAAGAGCGCUACAGUGUUGAUGCAGAUCUUCUCAGAGAAAUCAAACAACACCUGAAACAGCAGCAGGACGGUUUAAGUCAUCUGAUCAGCGUCAUCAAAGAUGACUUGGAAGACAUCAAGCUCAUAGAGCACGGGCUGAGUGACAGUGGACACAUGAGAGGAGGCCUCUUGAGCUGAGUCUGUCCUACCAACACACACAUGCAUACGAUAUGCUCUCACUCUCCAUGUCAGUCCUCUGAAAUAGCGGCAUGCCUGUCACCCACACAAGUCAGCACAUCCUUCUUGUCAUGGUAUUGGAUUAAUCUUGAAGCAAUCUCUUGUCUUAAGGAUUCAUCACAGGAAUUAAUCCGAAUUUGGAGCAAUUACUCUCUUCACCACCAUUUUGGCAGUUUAUCAGGACUAUGCCUCUCUAUCUGUACCAACAAAACAAUGAGUGGUUAAUCUGUGCUUUCUGGACCAAUGGAGAGCUUAAUGGAAAGACUCAACAUCGUCUAAUAAUAGCUGGCUUCCCUUACGUUCAAUCAGAUUAUGGAUUCAUGGGACUAUGAAUGUGACUGGCAUGUAAACAAGUUGUGGAAUUGAGUUUGUGUUGUGACUGAAUACAUUGUAAAUACAUCUUUGUAUUCCUUUUUAUGCUGUUGUUAAAAUAUUAAUAAAUUUCAUUUAAA